UUGGGAGGAUACCCGCCAGCACGAGUUCAUUGUUUACGUUGGUAGCAGAGGAGGUUGUUGUUGUAAUCAUAGACAGUAUGUAAUUCAUCACUAUUUUAGAAUGCCUGGAAAACACUGCUGUGUGAUAAACUGCUCCAGUUCUUCACACGAUUAUCGCGGAAACCGUAAGAAUCCCGUGUUACAGUUUUUUCGUGUCCCUACGUGGAAACAGCACGAAGGAGAGCACGUCUCCGAUGUGACAAGGAGACGUCGCAUUUCUUGGGUGGCUGCAAUUAGAAGAAAGGACAUUACUUUCGACCACAUCACCCAGUCGACGAGAGUGUGUUCUCUGCAUUUUCAUUCGGGUAAACCAUCAUAUGAGAUGUUGGAGAACCACCCUGACUGGAAACCAUCUUUGCGGUUAGGCCACAGUGAUGUUAAGAAAACAGAUGAAGCGAGAUUUCAGCGGCUAGUAAAGCGCAGGACCCAGCACCAGGACCAGCAGCCGCUGGCACAGGUACAGCACCAGGACCAGCAGCCACCGGCACAGCACCAGGACCAGCAGCCGCUGGCACAGCACCAGGACCAGCAGCCACUGGCAGAGCACCAGGAGCUGCCAUCACCAGCACAGCACCAGAAGCAGGACCAGGACCAGCAGCCACUGGCAGAGCACCAGGAGCUGCCAUCACCAGCACAGGAAUGUGUCCUCUGCACGUGCAGACGAGAUGUUAUCAACUGUCUUUUGGAGGAGAACCGAAAGCUGAAGGAGGAGCUAGAAGAGUUUAAACAUUUAAACGCUGCAAUGAUAAUUCCCCGAGCCGUCUUUCCUGCUCCGUCUCUGACCAGACUGAUGUCAUGAAGUGGCGUUAUGUACGACACGCCAAUUCGUCUGCCGUUAUUGGCGCGUUAUCAAGACGCAAUCGCUUCUUAGCGUGUUUAUCGACGCCGUUCGGCCGCCAUUGACCUACAUUACGUGUGAAUUUUCGCCGUGGCGAGUAGUAUAAAGGAUGGAGGUCCGUGGUUGGUUGGUUGGUUGGUUGGUUGGGGGAGGAGGACGGGUUGAACACAGGACUUUUCCUCAAUGUUUCUUUCCUAAACCCAACCGUUUAUUGUUGUCCUAAGCGUGUGAUGUUGGUCACCGUGGUGAUUUAGUGUUUCUAAAACGUUUACAUCCGCUGUAUACGUGGAUAGCUCAAAUUGCGUACAGAUAACACGCCAUUUGGCUUUAAGAAAGUGGGCGUGUAUGUUUACGUUGCAUGCCGUUGCAUGCUGGGUAGAUUUGUGUCUUGAUCCCGACCAGCUUUGACGUCAUGCACACGUGGACAAUGAUGACCUCACGAGAUCGAGGCGGCCGCAGGCUUGAGAGCCAGGCAGCGCGGUUGCUUUUCACCGACUGCAAGACCCAGGCGGAUCCAGGGGCAUGCUGGGAAACGCCUGGCAGGCCUCUCAGCUGAUCUAACAGCUGAUUGGUUCAGAAGAAACAGGAUUUUAACUAUUUGUCCGAUUUAAAGGCUUAUUCUGUACAGAACACAUGUUGUGUGGCUGAUAGUGAUGUUUAGAAGUCAGAGAGACUAAAUCUACAUCAUCUCAUCUACAGUCUGUUGUUAAAACUGUCAAAACGG